AUGACCGUCACAGGGACUCUCCAGGGCGUGUCCUUCGCUGCCCUCGCCUCCCACCCCGCCUCCUCGCCCUUCCUCAGGGCGUGUGUCAAGGACCCUGUGCGCACGUUCACGUCAGCAGCCAUCCAGCACGCGUCUGACAGCCUGGCGAGCGUCGUUGCCAGCGUGGCGGCCGGCAAGCCCAUGCCAGCUGGCACCGCCGCCCCGUGCUUCGAUCUGAUCCUCCACGCCCCACUCCCCCCGCCUCCUCCUGGUCCUGUUCCUGCUGCCACAGCUGCUGCAGCAGAAGCAGCUAAAGCUGGUGCCGCUGGUGCUGCAGCUGCUGGUGGUGGUGGUGCUGCUGGUGGGUGGGGUGGUGCUGCUGCUAGUGGGUGGGCCAGUGGGGGUGCUAAUAGUUGGAGGGGUGGUGAGGGUGCUGCUGCUGUUGCUGGUGACGGGGGAUGGGGCAGUGGAGGGGGAGGGGAUGGUGGUGGGUGGGGAGGAAGCGCAGGUGGAGGGGGAGGGGGAUGGGGCACGGGCGGAGGGGGAGGGGAUGGUGGUGCUUGGGGGAAGAGCGAAGAGAAAGAGGAGGGUGGUUGGGGCACGGGAGGGGGAGGGGAUGGUGAUGGGUGGGGGGCGAUUGGAGAGAAAGAGGGGGGAGGAUGGGGCACUGGAGGAGGGGGAGGGGAUGGUGGUGCUUGGGGGAAGAGCGAAGAGAAAGAGGGGGGAGGAUGGGGCACAGGGGGAGGGGGAGGGGAUGGUGGUGGGUGGGGAAAAAGUGGAGAGAAAGAGGCGGGAGGAUGGGGUACAGGAGGGGGAGAGGGGGAUGGUGGUGCGUGGGGAAAGAGUGGAGAGAAAGAGGAGGGAGGUUGGGGCACCGGUGGGGGAGGGGAAGGGGGUGGUGGUGGGUGGGGAGGAAGUGGAGAGAAAGAGGGGGGAGGAUGGGACACGGCAGGAGGGAGAGAGGAUGGGGGAGGGGGAGGCGGGUGGGGGGAUGGAGGGUCGAAAGGGAGAGAGAGGGAGGGAGGUGGCUGGGGUGGUGCAGAUGGGGAGAAAGGGGGAUGGGGGAAGGAGACGGAGAAGGAAGGAGGUGCAUGGGGGGGAGAGGGAGAGGCCGAGGGAGUGAGGGAAAUGAGGAGGGCAAGGAAGGUGGGGGAUGGGAUGCAGUGGAAGGGAGUGUGCGAGAGCAAGAUAGUGAGAGGGGAUGGGAGGGAGGAGGGGGUGAGAGAUGGCAGGGUGGCCGUGGGGGGAGGGGAAGGGGAAGAGGACGGGGCCGAGGGGGGAGAUGGGGGGGAGAGGGGGAAUCCCCUGGGGAUGGGGAAGGUGGUAAACCCUGGGGACGGAGGGGUGGAAGAAAGGGAGGUGGAAGGUGGGUGGGAAGAGGAGGAAAGGUGGGAGGAGUGGGAGGGAGAGGAGGAGGCGCUACAUGAGGCUGCGCUGGCUGAGCUGCUGUGCAUGGGGGGUGGCGGGCAGGGGGGCAGGGGGAAGGGGCGACGGCGGUUCAGGCUGGGGCGGUGGGGCACUGUGGAGCCUCUGUGGGGUGGCGGGAGAGUGCGACGGUGGGAGGGGGGUGAGAAGGAGGGAGGUGCUUCAGGGGGUGAUGCUGCUGCUGGUGGUGCUGGUGAGAAGGAGGAGAGAGGCGGAUGGGGUAGUACUGACAAUGAAGGUGGUGGGUGGGGGAGAGAGGCGGAGAGGAAAAAAGAGGAGAUAGCAGGGGCGGCGGCAGGGGGAGGGUGGGGAGGUGCGGGCGGAGAGGGAACGUGGGGCAAGGGGGGAGAUGCUGGGGGGAAAGAGGUCGCAGGAGGGGAUGGUAAGGGGGAAGGGGGCGUGGGGGCAGGGUGGGGAAAUGCGGAGGGGGGAGUUGGAGGGUGGGGCAGCGAUCAAGGGCAAAAGGGAGGGUGGGGGGCGGGAGGAGAAGGGGAGAGUGCAGGUGGAUGGGGGAAAGCAGGAGGAGGAGGAGGAGAAGCGGGUGAGGGGGGAGUUGGAGGGUGGGGCAGUGAUCAGGGAAAUAAGGGAGGGUGGGGGGCGGGAGGAGAAGGGGAGAGUGCGGAUGGAUGGGGGAAGGCAGGAGGAGACGCGGGUGAGGAUGGGGGAGCAUGGGUGAGGCGCAAGGCAUGGGAGCUGCUGCACAUGAGGUACCAACCGGGGGAGGCGCUAUCUGAGGACGACCGUGACUUCGUUGUGAGCAAGCUGCUGCAGCAUCAUCCCAGUGCGCAGGAGAAGAUGGCUGCUGGCGUGGCGGCGAUCAAGGUUGACCAUCAUCCAGAACAUCCCAACACCACCUGCUUUUUCAUCGUCCACCCUGCAGCUGACGUCAUCCACCCUGCCGCUGACGCCAGCCACCCUUCUGCUGACGUCGACCACCCUGCUGCUGACGCCAUCGUCCAUCCUCCCCUUACUGACUCAGCCAAUGAGCAUGCAGGAGACUCUCCUCAUCACUCUCCCAAAUUCUCCCGAGAUCGCCCUGCUUCCCCCUCCACGCUCCCUGCCUCACCUCCCCAACCUUCCCAGCUGACCACCUCUCCCACUGCAUCCCCUCCAUCUCCCUCCCUGCCACCACCUCCUCCUCCUUCCGUUCCCGCUCCUCCUAUCCUCUCUUCUCCCCCUCCCCCUGUUCCCGCCCCUCCUGCGUGCUCGGAUUUCUCUUAUAACAAGUGUUUGCUAGGUUUGGCUGCUUCCAUGUGCAUUCCUCUCUCCGAUUUGGGAUGGAGCCGCAUUGAGGCACAGCAGCAGCGCAGGGCGAGGGAGAGAACUGCACCCACACCCCGUGAUGCACCCAGUGACACACCCCAUGAUGCACCCCGUGUCACACCGUGUGAUGCACCCCGUGAUGCACCAUGCGAUGCACCCCGUGAUGCACCAUGUGAUGCACCUCAUGGUGCACCUAGUGUCGCACCUCGUGACACGUCUCGUGACGGACCUGGUGACACAUCUCGUGGUGCACCACGUGACACUCCCAUUGACACAAGUGUCGACGCCCGUCAUGAUGGACCUGGUGGUGAGACACCUUGUGAUUAA